CUGGGGAAGGGGACUAGAGGAGGUGAUUGUGAUUAGGCUGAGUAAUCGUGCAGUGGGGAGGGGAAGUGGUCCUGCUUACAACAAGAAAAGCUUUUCUUCACCAUCACCCCCACUCCGCCCCACUCCCAUUAUCUCCUGUAACUGGGAGAUGCUACUUCCCUCCACUCCUCUCUUUCCUUUCCUGUCUCCGGUUUGAUUGUUCUACCGAAGAAACGGACGUUGUCCUUCUUCCUUUGGUUUUAGCUGCUUUCGUCCUUCUGGCUGAGCUGAACCUCUGGGACCAUGAGUGUGGGCUUCAUUGGAGCUGGCCAACUGGCUUAUGCCUUGGCUAAAGGCUUCACCUCAGCAGGCAUCCUGGCCUCCCACAAGAUAAUGGCCAGCUCACCAGAUAUGGACCUGCCCACAGUCUCUGCACUCAGAAAGAUUGGUGUAAACCUGACCCCCAACAACAAGGAGACAGUACAGCAUAGUGAUGUACUUUUCUUGGCUGUGAAACCUCAUAUCAUUCCCUUCAUCCUGGAUGAGAUUGGAACUGAUAUUAAGGAGAGGCACAUCGUGGUUUCCUGUGCAGCUGGUGUCACAAUUAGCUCCAUUGAGAAGAAACUGACAACUUUCCAGCCAGCCCCUAAAGUCAUCCGCUGCAUGACCAAUACCCCUGUGGUAGUUCAGGAGGGUGCCACAGUUUAUGCUACAGGAACCCAUGCCCAGGUGGAGGAUGGGAAGCUUUUGGAACAGCUAAUGAGCAGUGUGGGUUUCUGCACUGAAGUGGAAGAGGACCUUAUCGAUGCUGUCACUGGUCUCAGCGGUAGCGGGCCUGCCUAUGCAUUUACAGCUUUGGAUGCAUUGGCAGAUGGUGGGGUGAAGAUGGGACUACCUCGGCGGCUGGCAGUCCGUCUGGGGGCCCAGGCUUUAUUGGGAGCUGCUAAGAUGCUCUUGGAAUCUGAACAGCACCCAGGACAGCUCAAGGACAAUGUCUGCUCCCCUGGAGGAGCCACCAUCCAUGCCUUGCACUUCUUAGAGAGUGGUGGCUUCCGCUCCCUCCUCAUCAAUGCUGUGGAGGCUUCCUGCAUCCGUACCCGAGAACUUCAGUCCAUGGCUGACAAAGAAAAGAUCUCUCCAGCUGCCAUCAAGAAAACUCUGCUGGAUAAAGUGAAGUUGGACUCUCCUACAGAAUCCACGAAGUCAUCCUCUAGUUUCAUUAAGCUGCUAGCUCGAAGCCAGGCACCUGGAGGCAAGAAAGAUUGAGGUGUCCCCUCUCUUUCUCUUCCCUCCAAUUUCUGCUUCCAGACUACAUAGGGAGUGUUACAGCUAUGGAUCAAGUAUCAGGAAGCCCAUGUCCUGUAGUCCCCAAUGUGGACAUAUCAGGGUUUUUUUUCCCUCCAGAGGUCAGCAUGGGGACUUUCCCCUACAAACUAGAAAGGUCAAACUUACUCCUCUUUCUCUUAAAAUUCUUAGGAUUUCCCUAUGACUUGUAGUUUCUGAACUCUUUAAUACAGAAGAGAAAAUUUCAUUCAGCCCUUUCCCCCCACUUCCCUCAUAGAAUUAACCUCUGCCAUUCCUCUCUCUGAAAGUUAACUGUUACUAGAGGAAUGCCAAGAGUGCUGAGCCCAACACUGAUAGCUGAAUCAGACACAUAGACAUAUUCUACCCUAGAAGGAACAGUUCUGAAAGCCAAACAAUCCGUCUCUCCUUCCUCCCUAUUCCUCCCUAUUUCUUUUUUUUUUCCUUAAAUUUUAUUCUGAACUUAAGAAAUAAAACAAGCUUUCCAUAAGAGUAGAACAGGGGGAAAAAAGUGAUUGUAAAUGAAACUGGAAAUCUAUUAUAUAAAACUUGCUAUAACUUUUAAAUAUAUAAUAAAGUUAUCACAUAACUUUUUUUUUAAUUUUUCCCUUUCCCCCACCCCUGUUCUGGAUUUGGCUACCAUUAAGUAUAAAAACAAAUAUGUAUAUGUAUGUAAAACCAUUUCUAUAUACAUAUAUAUGUAAUAUAUAUUUCUAUUUAUCUGUUCUUUCUCUGAAUUCAGAUAGCAUCUUCUUUCAUAUAUUCUUUUUAAUUAAUUUGUCAAAAUGAUUUGGUCACUCAAAAGUUGUUCUUAAAACAAUAUUUCUCUUACUAUAUACAAUGUUCUCUUGGUUUUGAUCUUCAUUAUUCCACACAAAUUUUCCCAUAUUUUUCUAAAAUCAUAAAGUUCAAGAUUUCAUAUAGCACAAUAGUAUUCUAUCAAUCAUACACCACAUUUAUUUUCAUAAUUUUCUUGGAUUGCUUUUCCCCUUCAUUUUUCCUCUAUGUCUCUACUUUGAUUGUUGAAUUCCUUUUUUAGUUUUUUCAAGAAUUCUUUUAGGGCUUGUGACCAUUUGACAUUACUUUUUGAGGCAGAAAUGUUUUUUUUAAACCUCAUUUCUGUUUGCUUUUUUUUAUUUUAUUAAUUUCUCUUGUUUUUAAUCUCUUAAUCAUGAUAUCAUAAGCAGCAUUUCAUAUUUAUAGUUCCCUGCUUCUCCAGUUUGAGGAGGAAAUCAUCUAUUUUCUUAUCAUCUAUUCUCUGAUAUGCCUACCCCCACAUCUCUGAAAAUCAUACCCUCCUUUAGGGCCCAGAUUUUUUAAUAUAUACUUUCUAAUUUGUCAUUUGCAACUCUCUAUGCCUUCUGUUCCUAUUUUCACAUCAAUGUUUCUCUGUUUCAAUCCUUUAAGCAAAAUAAAUCCUUUGCUUUUUCAAUGAAGCUCAAUUCAACAAGCAA